AUGAAAACAAUUAAUUUAAUAUUCAUAAUUACAACAAUCUUAACAUCGAUAGCAGAUAUUUUUACAAAUGCUGUGAUAAUCUCAAAAGAAUCCUCGGGAUACAUAAAUAUUAAAAAAACAUUUAUUGCAGAAAAACCUUUAGAAUACAAUGGAACACAAAUCCGUAAAUAUGACUUUAAUGUGGCUAAUAAAAUGUUAGCUCCAGAUGGUUAUAUGCGGGAAAUGACAGUCAUAAAUGGCGAAUAUCCCGGUCCAACGAUUCAUGUAAAUAAAGGAGAUAAAAUUAUUGUCAAUGUGACGAAUGCAAUUGGAGCUCCCUGUACAAUUCAUUGGCAUGGCCUAUUUCAGAUGGGAACUAAUUGGUUUGAUGGCGUUCCUGGCAUAUCGCAAUGUCCAAUUCCAAAUGAAAAAAGCUAUUCCUAUGAAUUCGAAACUGAUAGACAAAAGGGGACUUUUUGGUAUCAUAGUCAUUUUUCCACUCAGGCUGUAGAUGGUAUGGUUGGAGCCUUUAUAGUCCACGACCCCGAGGAUCCAUAUAUUAAUGAAUAUGACGAAGAAUUUAUCAUUAAUAUCAGCGAUCAUUUCCAUACUCAAUCAGGUAAAUUGAUGACCCUUAAAUUACAACCAAAUUAUACAGGCUUCAAUCCAGUACCUGAUGCAGGUCUUAUAAAUGGUGCAACUCAAAUAGACUGUAAAACUUAUCGACUUCGUAUCAUUAAUUUUAGUGCUGAAUCCCCAUUCACCUUUUCUAUUGACGGCCAUCUUCUUAAAAUAAUUGAAGUUGAAGGAACUUAUGUCGAACCAAAUUAUGUCAGCCAUCUUUACUUAAAUGUUGCUCAACGAUAUUCUGUUAUCGUCAAAGCAGAUCAAAGAGUUGACACUUAUUGGAUGCGUGCAAAUCGCGCAGCAGAAUGUCUCGUAACUCCAAACAACCAAACAAUUAAUUUCGAUUCACCAAUCAAUAAUAAUGUCACAGCAUUAAUUCAGUAUGAUAAGGCUCUACUGAAAAUGCCAGUCAGCGAAAUGUUACCUUAUGACAAUGAUUUUCUUCAAUGUGAAGAUCCAUCUUGGGAAAAAUUAAGACCAUCAAAAGAGGUUGAAAAGGAUCUUCCGUCUUUUACAGGACCUGCAACAAGUCUUUUUAAAUUCCAAUUUAAAUUUGGCGCUAAUCUACAAAAUGUCAGUCUAGUAUACGUCAACAAUGUUUCAUUUAUUCCACAUUAUAAUUCGCCCACUGUUCAAAAACUUUUUGAUGGAAUAAAUCCUCGAGAAUUGGCAAAAUCGGAGAAUAAAUACCUGAUUACUUCGAAUGGAACUAUAGAUGUAAUAAUCGUAAAUGACAACGGGGCUCAACAUCCUUUUCAUCUUCAUGGUCAUAAAUUUGGGAUUAUAACUGAAGGAUAUCUUUUAGAUGGAAAACCAACUUUUAAUGAAACCACACGUUACAAUUUUGAAAAUCCAGUAAUCCGUGAUACUGCAAGUGUACCUCCGUUCAAGUAUUCUAUAAUAAGAUUUAAAGCGACCAAUCCUGGUGUUUGGCCGUUACAUUGUCAUAUUAAAUGGCAUAUUGAAAUGGGUAUGCUAAUUCAGUUUAUUGAACGACCAGAUGAUUUAUUAAAACUUGAAUAUCCCAUAGCUGCUAGAGAUUUGUGCCAUGAAAUCAUAGAAUAA